GUUAUGUCUCAGAGAGAGUACUGUGUUUGUCUAUCAAAUCUUGGCACUAACUCCCUCUCUAUGUUUCUUUCAUGAUUUCAGUGCCUCCUUGCAGCUGCUCAGACCGAGAUUUGAUUCCUUUCCCGCAUAUAAUUUCUCGAGAAAAUCCUUACUUUCUCACCAUCUAAUCAUAAUUCUCUCUCUGGCCUCCCCCUCCUGAAAUUUUACAUCUUUUCAAGGGCUGGCGCUGGUUUUGAUUGAUUGAAUUAAGGUGUAAUUUAAAUGGAAGGUGAUAUAUUUUCGGGCAUGGGAAAAGGAACCGAAGUAGAUGGCAAGGUUUUGCAGACGUUUCAGAACAACUUUGUGCAAGUCCAGGACAUUUUAGACCAGAACAGGUUGCUAAUCAAUGAGAUCAACCAGAAUCAUGAGUCGAAGAUCCCUGAUAACAUGAGCAGAAAUGUGGGAUUGAUUAGAGAGCUUAAUAACAAUAUCAGAAGGGUGGUUGAUGUCUAUGCCGAUCUUUCAAGCUCUUUUACCAAGUCUGUGGAAGCUUCAUCUGAAGGAGAAUCAGGUGGGAGUUUGAAAUCCAAUGGAAAAGCCAGUCUGAAGAGAAUUAGAUCCGGGUAAUUGAUUUACUGAAAAACUUUCAUGCUGGAAUAAGAAUUGAGUCUUUUAGUACACCACAAGGAAAGGAUAUAUGAUGAGAUUGUGUAACUCUUCUGUGUUAGUUAUAAUGUCUUUAAAGCUUUAAUUCUAGCUGUGUAAUUUUUGUUAACUCAAUGGAAUCAAGCAUGCUUCUUCUGUCAUUAAAUCUUCAAGUUUGAGGCC